GCAAUACUUCGCCUACAAAUGUUCGCCAGUAUUUUCAGUUUUCCACCGAAUAGACAGCAAAAAUUGGAAAAUUUGUGCGGAAACUGUAUUUUUUUUAUUCUACAUGUUGUAUAAAGUUCUUAAAUAAAGAUUGUCUUGUUGCAAGUGUCAUUCGCAAAAUGGAAGCACUCAUUCCGGUUAUAAAUAAAUUGCAAGAUGUUUUCAACACAGUAGGAUCGGAUUCUAUACAAUUGCCGCAGAUUGUAGUACUUGGAAGUCAGAGUUCCGGCAAGAGUUCAGUUAUCGAAAGUUUAGUUGGGCGUUCAUUCCUGCCGCGUGGUACAGGUAUAGUGACGCGGCGGCCACUUAUUUUGCAGUUGAUUCAUUGCCCACUAGAUGACAGAGAACAUCGUUCUGCAGAAAAUGGUACUGUUAAUGUGGAAGAGUGGGGCAAAUUUUUGCACACAAAAAAGCUCUUUACUGAUUUCAAUCAAAUUCGUAACGAAAUUGAAGAAGAGACGGACAGAGCUGCAGGCUCUAAUAAAGGCAUUUGCCCGGAACCAAUUAAUUUGAAAAUAUUCUCAACGCGCGUAGUGAAUUUAACACUUGUUGAUUUACCAGGUAUUACUAAAGUACCAGUCGGUGAUCAGCCCGAAGACAUCGAAGCACAAAUUAAAGACUUGGUUUUGAAAUUCAUCGAUAAUCCCAAUUCGAUCAUAUUGGCUGUAACGGCUGCAAACACUGAUAUGGCAACAAGUGAAGCAUUAAAAUUGGCAAAAGAGUGUGAUCCCGAUGGUAGACGUACCUUAGCUGUUGUUACGAAACUCGAUCUCAUGGAUGCCGGUACAGAUGCCAUCGAUAUAUUGUGUGGGCGUGUUAUACCAGUGAAAUUAGGCAUUAUUGGUGUAGUUAAUCGCUCGCAACAAGAUAUUAUUGAUAAAAAGCAAAUCGAUGAUCAACUUAAAGAUGAAGCGGCGUUCUUGCAAAGAAAAUACCCUACACUAGCUACACGCAAUGGCACACCAUACUUAGCCAAAACUUUAAAUCGCUUACUCAUGCAUCACAUUCGUGAUUGCUUACCAGAUUUAAAAACGCGUGUCAACGUAAUGUCAUCACAAUUCCAGUCGUUAUUACACUCGUAUGGCGAGGAUGUGUCGGAUAAGAGUCAAACAUUAUUACAAAUCAUAACCAAAUUUGCUAGUGCUUACUGUUCCACAAUUGAAGGCACCGCACGCAAUAUUGAAACAACAGAACUUUGUGGCGGUGCACGUAUUUGUUAUAUAUUUCAUGAGACUUUCGGUCGUACACUCGAUUCCAUACACCCCUUGGCUGGUUUGAGCAAAAUGGAUAUUUUAACAGCCAUACGUAAUGCAACUGGUCCACGACCGGCGCUAUUCGUACCCGAAGUAUCCUUUGAAUUACUGGUAAAAAGACAAAUAAGACGAUUAGAGGAACCCUCACUGCGUUGCGUGGAAUUAAUACACGAAGAAAUGCAACGUAUUGUACAACAUUGUGGUAAUGAAGUGCAACAGGAAAUGCUGCGAUUCCCAAAGCUACAUGAAAAAAUUGUGGAUGUCGUUACGCAGUUGCUGCGUCGUCGCUUACCAGCAACGAAUGUAAUGGUGGAAAAUUUAGUAGCUAUCGAAUUGGCCUACAUUAACACCAAACAUCCAGAUUUCCACAAGGAUGCGGCACUUGUGCCCAGCCUACUAAAAGCUGAUAAUAUUAUUGAGCCGUUUAGUCAUUUAAGUGCACAAGUGCAACGGCGUACAAAUACGCCACGCAACUCGAAUUCAUCGCCACAAGUGUCGGCACAACAACAGCAGCAACAGCAACAACAACAGCAACUGCAGCAGCAGCAUCAACAUCACCAGCACCAGCUGCAAAAUGAUACUCAAGAACAAAAUCAUAUUGGUGAAAAUACCGUGGGUAAUAGUUGGUUAUCUACAAUUCUGCCACCAGCCCCCUCGACAUCGCCAUCUGUAAGGCCACUGGAGAGCAUAGAUAACUCAGCAAGUAAUACACCUUUGCAUAAUAAUAUUUCGAGCCCAUUAAAACCGGUUAAUUUAUUGCCCGAUAUGCCAGUACAACAUGGUUCGAGACGUUUAACUGAUAAAGAGCAAAAGGAUUGUGAUGUUAUUGAACGCUUAAUUAAGUCAUAUUUCUACAUUGUACGCAAAUCUAUACAGGAUUCAGUACCAAAAGCAAUAAUGCAUUUCUUAGUUAAUUAUGUUAAGGAUAACUUGCAAAGUGAACUAGUCACACAUUUGUAUAAGUCGGAAAGAGCUGAAACACUACUCAACGAAUCGGAUCACAUUGCGGUGCGACGAAAAGAAGCGGCUGAUAUGUUGAAGGCACUCACCAGGGCAAAUCAUAUUAUUAGCGAAAUUCGUGAAACCCAUAUGUGGUAAAGUGUGCCAUAUUUGGUGCUAUGACCAAUUGCGCUUGAAAAUGUAUUCAAAAUACAGUAGAUCGUCGGUUGCGCGCUUUAUUACCGUUUGGUCAUUCGUAUUCUUCAUUAUAGCAGCAUUCAUACGUACACAUAUACAUAUAUUUACGCAUACUCAUUUUGCAACUUACUUUUUUCAAUUUAUACCAUGAAAACAAUGUGUAUGCAACUUACAUGGUUAUAAUGGUUAAAUAUAAUAUAUUUCAAUUCUACUCAAAAUAUUAAAAGCUUGCUGUAUGAAAAAUAUUGUCACACAUAUUUCUAUUCAUUAAAUCGGCAAACGUACUCUCGUUCGCUAUGCAACCAAAAAGACUUGAGAAAGUGGAAAUCUACAUACAUAGAUGCAUGCAAAUAAUAAAAAAAAAUUUUUUUGUGAAAAA